CGAACCAGAACCAAUCGAAUUUCCUUCUUACAUGAUGUGAUCUUAGAUUUUCAGGCCAUUGUCUCUCUCAUUCUCUUUCUCUCUCCUCUGAAAACCCUAAAAUUUUCAACUCUUCAUCCCUUACGGUCUCUAUCUAUGUAUGUAUAUCUGAGAUGACAAGAUCAGCGAACGAUGGAACGUAGCAUAUGUGAUGUUAAUCACUUGGAUUCGGAUGUCCUUUUGCCUCCUCGAAAACGGCUCCUUGCCGGAUUGAAGAAACAGAAUUCCCAUGGCAAUUCACAUCUGCCAUCCACUUGUAGCACUUCGAGUGAAUUCGACAUCGGUCUCCAUAACUUAUUGAGAUCUCAUUUGAACAAUCCGAAUCUUUCACCUGAGGAAAUCGUGGAGGCCUCGAGAUCUGCAGCUGUAGAUGCAGUUAAGGUUGCAAGGGCUGCAAGAGCUGCUGCGGAAGAGAAGGCCGUGAUAGCGGCAAAGGCAAUGGCUGCAGCCAGGUGUGCUUUAGAAUUGGUUGCAACUGUUUCCGAGGACUCAGCCCGUGUGGAAAGAAAUUUGAAGAAUAACAAGAUGAAGAAGCAUGUACCAGUUAAGAUGCUGUACAAUAAGAAUCGUCGAAUUAAGAAUUACAAGACAGAUGAAGAAUUGGCCCGAAAGUUGCAUCAGGCCAUGAACAGCUCUCCAAGGAUUUCGAAGUACUCUUCGACUUCUGAUUCAAAGAGUUACAAACAUAAAAGGCUAAAAAGCUCAUCUAUUUCCGAAAAAGAUAAGGGUUCUAGUGGAGGUAUGGAGUGGGAAGAAAACCCGGGUUUGACAAGCAAUGGGAAUGGCAUAGUGGGAAAUGUAGAUUCUAAAGGUCCCGUCCGGGAAUCAUAUGCGAGUAGAGUAUAUGAAAACACAUCAAAUUUUAAUAAAGCUGACCGAUCGAAGAUGAAUAAUGGGGGAGUGGAAACAUGUCCUGCGGAGGAAAACGAAUGGGAAGUAUUGGAUGAUGCGUGUAGCAGUGGUAUAAAAAGGGGAAGAAUCAAUAUGAAAGAACUUCCCAUAAGUAUGUGUUCCUCCAGGGAUCAAGAAAGCCCCCAGAAAGAGCUUAAAUCUGGAAGUUUUCCGUUGAUCGAAGAAAAUAUGGGCAAAUCUGAUGUUGGUAAUAUGCCCUUAGUUUCUGUACAGCCCUCUGGAAAUGGUGUGACGCCAGUAGAGACAACAUCAACGUGGAAGUGUCAGGCAUUUGAGGCACCCGCGUGUGUGAAACAAAACAAUGUCAUUCAGUCAUAAUGUUUAUAUCUACGCGAUAAUGCAUCGCUACCACAAUUGAAGUUGUUAGCCCAGUCACAGGCUUUGUCAACUUGAGGAGAACUAUUGUGGGGGUAACUUUGUUAAAUAACUGAUCUUUGGAGUGCAGUCACUUGUCAAUAACUUGAAGUGCCACAACGGUGAUCGUGAGGUACUGUAGUACUGAGGUGUGAUAGUUGUUGUCUUCCCUUCAUUCAUUUGGUUUUUUGUGCAUUUGAUAUAUUAAUGUAAAUUAAGAACAUAAUUUUUCCUUAAAGAAUGGGCAAGACCUAUCUUAUGAUGGUUAUAGCAUAAUACUGUCGUCAGUAUCCAGGCUUUCUGACGUUGUUACCAUAAACUGUCUUUGAAAUGGUUUCAUCAGUUACUUUUGAUAUUU